AUGCUCACUGGAUUGGAUAUGAUCUUUCUGAUACUGUCAAUAGUGGAAUUCAUAAUUGGAAUGUUGGGGAAUGUGUUCAUUGGACUGUUAAACUGCUCUGAAUGGGUCAAGAACCAAAGCAUCUCUUUAGCUGACUUCAUCUUCACCUGCUUGGCCAUCUCCAGAAUCAUGCAGUUGCUGGCAUCAUUGUUUAACUCACUCACAAUGGGACUACCUAUGUUAGUAUUUGGUCACACUUAUAAACAAGCAAAAGCUCUUACUUUAUUUUGGAGAAUUGCUAAUCACUUGAGUAACUGUUUUGCUACCUGCCUAAGCAUUUUCUAUCUCCUUAAGAUAGCUCACUUCUCCCACUCCUUUUUCCUCUGGCUUAAGUGGAGAAUGAACAAAGUGGUUCUUGUGAUUCUUGUAUUGUCUUUGUUUUUUCUGAUUUUUGACAUUCUGUUGCUAGAAACUUUUAAUGAUCUCUUCUUGAAUGGAAGUAAUUUUACUUCACAUAUAGAUGAAAGUAAAACUCUCUAUGUUGAAACCAUGACUCUUCUUAGCUUAACCUGUUUGUUUCCACUGGUUCUGUCCCUGACCUCAGUGCUUCUUUUAUUUCUGUCCUUAGUAAGACAUAUCAGAAAUCUGCAGCUCAGCAACAUGGGCUCAAGGGACUCCAGCACAGAGGUCCAUAAAAAGGCCAUAAAAAUGGUGAUGUCUUUCUUCUUCCUUGUCAUCAUUAAUUUUUUUGCCACACAAGUGGCAAAUUGGAUACUUCUUAUGUUUGCAAAGAGCAAGUUUGCAAAAUUUGUCUUAUUAGCAGUAUAUAUCUUUCCCUCAGGCCACUCAUUUCUUCUGAUUCUGGGAAACAGCAAGCUAAGACAGACAGCCGUAAGGUACUGCAGCAUCUUGAAAGCUUCUUAA